ACACUGGACUGUAUUUCAUGACCUUGCCAGCUCAUUGGUUUGUCCAGUAGUUCACUUCCAUAAAGAGAAGGUGGAGGAUUUGGAGGACUAUGUCUGAUUGCAAUAUAUACCUUCUUAACACUUCUUUAGCUCAGGACUCGGCUAAAGUCUGACUGACGACUCUUCCCGCUGAGAUCUCAUCAGCAUCCUGCAGCAAACAUGGCCACUGAGAAAAGGCUCUCAGCAAGGAGAAAGCACACCCUGAAGAGUUGUAUGCUGAUGGUAGCAAACACCUUGUUGGACACAGAAGCUACAGCGAAGGCUCAGGAGCGGGAGAAGUUCCUGGCAGAGGCGUGUCCUCCUCUGGACCUGCCGUACUCCAGGGAUGAGCUCUUGGAACUUUGCAAGAAACUCCAUGAGCAGAUUGGCAUCAGUGAGGAGGAGCGAUACAGUGCAGAAUUUAAGCUGAACAUGGUGCUUAAUGAGGUCAGGGACCUUAACAUCAAGAUUGUGGAUCUUCGGGGAAAGUUUAAGAGACCCCGGCUCAAGAAGGUGCGAAUGUCUGCCGACGCCAUGCUAAAAGCCCUGCUGGGCUCCAAACACACCGUCAACAUGGACCUGAGGGCCAAUCUGAAGCAGGUCAAGAAGGAGGUCAAGGAAGAGGACAAACAGCUGCGGGAUGUUGGCGACUGGCGUAAGAACAUUGAAGACAAGUCAGACAGGAAGAAGAUGUUUGACAGUUAAAGUGAACCUCCUUAAAACAGACCCUCGGGCCUGCGUCAGGUGUUGUGUCUGAGCAACUCAAGCAUUUUACUCCAAAAUGUGACAUGAAAGAACAAACAAUUGAAGGUUUUGUGGAAACCCCUAAAAUAGUAUUAAUUCCAGGCUGUAGUGAAGUGAUCAUUUGCAGAGUUAAAAAGAGAGCGUUACAAAACAUUGUAAGUCAAAUGGUAAAAUGGGCUGUUUUCUUCUUACGUUAGUUUGUACUUUGAUAUUGAUGAAAGUACUUGCACAUUUCAGGAGAAAAUGCACUUAGACUGACGGAAGAUGGCUUUUGUAUGUUUUCCAUUUCACAUUUUGAAUCUUAUUCUUCUGGUUGAUGUAAGCUGCCUUCUGCUUUUGCAUGCCUGAAAACCAUUUUUGAUGUAUUUGUACAUAAGUACAAAAUGAUCACUAGCUUUGCUUUUGUUUCUGGGCAAACAAUCUACCAUAGUCUGAAAACACAGUAGCAAAUGCAACUUCCCUGCUGCUCUUCUUACCUGAGGAGGUGUCUCCAAAUGUUCUUGACCUGCUUUGUACCUUCUUCCAUACAUCACUUAGCGGGUAAAUGUAUUGUUGAUACAGUAGUAGUGCUGCACUAGAACUUUCAUUUGUUUGGUAUGUAAGUACAGUAGCUGGUGUGCUGUGACGGAACAUUGUGACAUGUUCAUCCGAACGGCACAGUCCCUCUGUAAUUAUGAUGGAAUGCAUUAACAUCUAUAAAGACAACUUCCUCAGCUUCA